UUUUUUUGCUCUACAGAAAUGCUUGGAUUUUGGGUUACAAAAAAAAAAACAAAUUUACAAAAAUUUAAGUUCGGGGGUUUUAUGUUUUCAGAAAGCAUUAAUGGUGUUUGGUUUAAUUAUGCAAAGUCCCCCUCUAGUGGAGAAAUGUUUUUUUUUUUUUUUUUUUUUUAAAAGCACUGACCCCACUUUUUUCCACAAUAGCUACAAGUAUGACAUAACCUUGUGAUCUCCCCACAGUGUAAAUGAAAUCCUGUAGUGAGGGGAACCCCUUUCAUUCGACCACAAAGGUCCCUCUGUGUCCUUCGACGCGCUCCACAUUGCCGCAGCACUGUUGUAAUCACCAUGAGAAAGCCCUGAUUCAGCUCUUGAUACGGUGUUCCUUUCUGUGAGCUUUAAGUCUAAAUAAAACCCACGAGAUCUAGUUGUACCAGUGUCAUCUUAUCCUCAACUCAGAAAGCUGUGUAUGCAAAAAACUAGGCCUAAAUGACAAAUUCUGCAUAUUGAUAUUUUACUUGGCUAUAAUUUACAGAAACAUUUUUUAAAAAUGUAUACAGUCAAAAUUGCACAGGCUAACAUUUUUUACAGUAGUGGCCAAAAUAUGUAGUUUACCUUAAGGGGGCGCUCGACCGCUUACUUAAGUGAGCUCAACUGGGUCGCAUAAAUCUCGUGAGAUUUAGUCUCAGAGACAUAUCAAAGGUAUCACUUAACUUUAGUCAUUUCCAAGCAUUUCUGUAUUCAUUCGUACAAACAGCAAUACUCAGCAAUCCCUCUGAAAUAUUUUUUUUUAUAAAUUCUCAUAUGUACAAAUGACUGCGUCUUCGUCCCGAUGUGCACAUUAUCCGUCCUAAAUCCUAUGUGAUAUCAGUAAUUUAGGGUAGACGGGGUGGAUGGUGUGCGCUUUGGGACGCAGGAAGCGAUUGGGGGAAGCCUAGCCAGCGCGGAGAAAAGUAACGGGUACCACGUGAACCCGACAUACAAAAACAGCUUCGGAAUCGUUCUGUAUAAUAAUUAACACUCGAAAAAGACAUCGAAAUACGUAAAUAGCCUUUAAAUAUAAUAUGCACAACUGAACAAGUAAGAGUAAGAUUUAUUUUUCGAAUUCAUUAAUUAUGAUAAAGCGCUACGUUCUGUCCCUUUUCUUAUCCUCCCGUUUUGUUCUAGUUACUCAAUUUCAUUAGUGAAUAUUUAAAAUAAUAUAUAUUCCCAGCAGACCAUAAUCGAGGAAGACCGGGACCUACUGUGCGUCACCGCCAGCGCGCGUCCCCGCCUUUAGCUACGUACUGUCGCCCUCCCCGCUUAAUAACGGACAGCUACUUCCUAGCUCCCAGUCAAAUAGCCUCUAUUUUACCGUGGUCUGAAGACUCGAGGCUCGCAUAGCUAUGCGCCGUACAAUAUAGCCGGCUAUUGUUCAGCGCAGCUCUGCACGCGCCGGUGUUUACAGACUCUCGCGAGCGGCGCGCGGGAUACCGACUCAGCCCUUUCGCUUUCGCCAUGGCGAGCGGCGCGCUCCACAGAUUCGUCCGCCUCUGUCGAUACCUGCAGGACCCCUGCCAUGUCGCCCGAUUCCAGCAGUUCUGCGGCGUCCGCGGGACGUUUCCUAAGAAACAGACCGAGGCCGGCGAGACGCUCGGGGUCAACGGUGCUUGCGGGGGUCAGUGCGGAGACUCGGCGCGCGGACUUCCGGGCCAGAGGCUAAGAAAAAGUUUAAACGCUGAUGAAAACGUUGAACGGGACGAGCGUUCCGCUAACGGACCCUCGGGGCGAGACGCGGAGAGGGACUCCAAAGGCACAGUGAAGCCUUUGCGGAGGAACUCGUUGACCGGUGAUGUUGGCCAGGAGUUCAUCAUCGAGAACAGGUUUCUCUUUUACCUCUUCACCGUCGGAACCGAGCUCGGCAACGAGAUGUUCUUCAUCGUGUUCUUCCCCUUCUUGAUGUGGAACGUCGACCCCUAUGUGAGCCGCCAGCUGAUCGUGGUGUGGGCCUGGGUGCUGUUUCUCGGACAGUCCACCAAAGACCUGGUUCGCUGGACCCGUCCCGCCUCUCCUCCUGUGGUCAAAGUAGAGGUUUUCUACAACACGGAGUACAGCAUGCCCUCCACACACGCCAUGUCCGGCACCGCGCUGCCCUUCUGUCUCUUCCUGCUCACGUGCAGCCGGUGGCAGUACCCAUUCAUGUUUGGACUGAGCAUUGCUUUGUUUUGGAGUGUCCUCGUGUGCAUCAGCAGGAUUUAUAUGGGCAUGCACUCUGUCCUGGAGGUGAUCACGGGCUUCCUCUACAGUGUGCUCAUCCUGGCGGUCCUUCACCCCAUGCUGCAUGACAUCGACACGUUCUACCUGUCCCACAGCUUUGCCCCUCUGGUCGUCCUGCUUGUGCAUGUAGGCUUCAGCCUGGUGGCCUUCUCGCUGGACUCAUGGAGCACCUCCCGUGGCGACACGGCCCAGGCGUUGGCCACAGCUGCCGGAGCCGCUUUGGCUUGCCGUCUGAACUACCAGCUGGGUCUGCAGCCAGAUCCCCCCGAAGAAGCUCUCCCUCUCACCUUGCCCCUGAUCGACGGGGCCUUACUGACCCGCUCCAUCAUGCGGCUCCUGGUAGGAGUGGCUGUGCUUCUAGCUGUCAGGGCUGCUAUGAAGGCGGUGGCGAUCCCGCUGGCCUGCAGGAUCUUCGGCGUGCCGUCGGAUGACGUACGGAAGGCCAGGCAACACGCACACAUUGAACUGGCGUACCGGUUUUUGGUCUACGGCACAGUGGCCUACUGCUGCGUUUUUCUGGUGCCACUUCUCUUUGGCUUCCUUGGCUUAUCCUGAAGAAAAUCCCUCCGUUUAACCUUGUUAUUAUCCUCGUUUUUAUCCUAGCUUAACCUAUACAUGACCUGGACUAGUGAAGGUCCUCCGUUGUAGUCGAAACCAACAAACAUUUGGUUGCAAAUUUCACCAGCUUCAUUUCCAUGCUAAUUUAUUUCACUUGUUUUGUUCACAGAUUUUACCGAACUGAUGAAUUUGAACAGGGUUUUUUUGGCACAUUUGUUUUGCAUAUUCUUGAACGUGAGUGCGUGUCGCGUCAUGACCUUCAGAGGACCUGUUCAAAGCUCCCGACUCUUGAACGUCAAUGUUUAUAGCCAUUCUCAAAAAGCUUUCAAAUGUUUCCUACAUUUGUCUUCAGUAGAUUUCCUUCAGCAGACUGACACCCACCCAUCCAGGACCCUUGUGCUUUCUCUUGCUCAACAAUACAUUGGAUUGUUUCUCGCUGUACCGAUUUUGGCUCAGUCUGCUGUCCUUCACAUAAAUUUUUUGCAAAUUAAGUGAACAUCCUUGUCUCCUUGUCAUGGUUUUUCCUCAAGGGCUCGUUCUCAUAACAUUUUGUAAUUCUCUGUUCUUCCUGAGGCUUGUUUUUCUUCUCGGUGGGUCCAUUCCACUGCCGUGGCCCUAAUGGUUCAUUCAGUGUUUCAGGAAAGACUCUUAAACAUGAGAGGCAUAAAAAGUUGUUCUUAUCUAAAAAAAAAACUGGUUGAGUUCACUCCUCACAAUAGUGGCAAUGCAUUAAGAGAAUGAAGGGAGGGAACUUCCCGUCAGUAUGAAUGCUAUAUACAAGAACUUCCUGUGGAUGUGUUAGUCUGAAACCCAAGCCUGGAAAAGGCCGCUCUGAACAUGAAUGCAUCAUAUCUUUACCAUUGUCUUUGUCAAUGUAUUAUUUAUAUGCAUCAUUAUAGGAAUAGUGAGUGAAUAGCUCAGUAUUCUGAGCAAAACAAGUGGAUGUUUGUAAUAUUUCUGUUAGUGUUUCUCAUUUUCUUCAAGUUCUUUUUAAAGGGAUAUUUCACCCCAAAAUCUAAAUUAAUAAUUUACUUACCUUCAUGUUUCAAAAAGUGGAACUCAUUAAUUAUACUGUUUAAACUUUUUUUUAAAUAAUCUUCUCUUGUACCAUUUGUAAUUACAUGUGGGUGAAUCUUUUUUUUGUUGUUUUGAAGGAACUAUCACUUUUUGUAACAGUUGGCUAAAUUGGGAUGCUAAAAUUCAGAGCUGUCGAGUGCUGCAGGUAUUCUGCAUGUAUCCAUUUGACAUCCAUGUUAUCCCACACUGUAGUCUGGGGGAGAUGCAUUGAAAUCUUUUCUCCAGGAACACACUAAGUGUGAUUUUAUUUAAUAGUCUCAACUUGCUUGCUUUGUCCACUUGUCUGAGUUCACUGCAGUUUUAGCUUUUUAAAUAUGAUUGGGCAUGAUGACAUGGCUGAAGUAAAUCCGACAUAUAUUUUCUGAGUGUCAGUAUUAACCUAGGUAGUUGUUAUGUUGUCUUUGAACUAGUACUCUAUCCUUGCGGUAUAUUUUGUUAUUGUGUUCAGUUUCACAAGCAAAUGAUGUAAACCCAGUCGUGAAAGAACAUUCAUUGCUCAGAAACCCUAGUGCCUUGCAUCCUUAUUUUUCAGGGCAACUUUAUCCUCCAACUAGGCACAAGACACCACAGCUGUCUCUGUAAACAGUAUUGAUGGUGGAAAUAUUGUCAUGCAUCCAUAAUGUUCAUUUUGCAGAACUAAUAGUUGGUUAUGUAAUUGAAGGUUUUUCUGUUCACUUUUUUUUCUCACAUUUGAUGUGUAUCUACAGAUUUAUUUAAUGUGCUGUAUGUGGAAUUAUUACCGGGUUUCUGGUAACAUUUUUUUUUGAAGGUGACAUUUAUCUGUGCACCAAUAUUAAAUAAAGGAAACAGUUGUGAAUAUAUUCAAUUGUGGUCAGUUGUGCGAUAUAGUAAAUGUACCAUAACUGAAUGAUGAGCUGUUUUAUUUUACAGUGCACUGAGCUGAAGUGGAUAUCAUAUCACAGACGGUUGGAUGGUGUUUUAGGGUUUCCUGCGAGGAAAUGCAUUAUGAAUGAAGAUUGUACACCUUACCUGUGCUGAACUUCGAGCCGUUCAUGGUCAUCUACUCACAAACGUACUGUAUCUGUAGUACGGCUCCUAGUCUGCAAUGUUCUUGACAUUUUUCUGUUAUUAUUGUGAAUAAAAAACCAAUAUGAAUUACCACUA